AUGGGUCUCCAUUCGGGAAAUGCCCACGUAGGCGACCCGAAGCUAGUGUUCAGGGCCCAGCCCAGACAAAGACAACAGUACAUAGGAGAUCUGGACCUGGCCGCGGACGACCCGGACCUAGAGGAGCGAGAGGAGCGACCAGGGCUCAUUGCUGUGAAGCCAACAUUCAUGAUCGAGCUCCCCGGAGAGAAGUCUCAAGGAAUCACGACCAAGCCGCGAGAGGAUUGGCACAUUGAUCCCUACUUCUGGAUCGAUGGAGCCAAGUACGAGGUCACAGGCAAGGUCGGCAGCGGCUCCUUCGGAACCGUGUUUCAGGCGGUCGAGCUCGAAGACUACGUGCGCAAUACACGCAAGCCGAACUUCACCCCUGUCGCCGUGAAGCGCAGCUCUCCUGCGAAGCAAGAACUGCUGGAGGCUGCUGUGCUGGAAGCAGAGAUUUUGAAAAAGCUGGAAGCCGUGCCUGGCGAGAACUUCGUCCCCAGGUACGUGCGGCACGGAACAAUCCCGCCGCCGGAUGAGAAGAAAGUGGCGGAGGUUGUGCUGGCAAUGACAAAGUUGCCAGGGAAGCCCUUAGAUUUUUGGAUGUAUGGUAUUGACGAGCAGGCCUUGAAAACCGUCAGCAUCCCAAAGAUGCUGGAUGGGGACUUGCCCGGCGCCUGCCGAUCCAGGCGUCUCGAGCACGCCGCCGAUAUGGUAAUUGAGAUUCUGAGAACGAUGUGUCCCAUUUUUUCCGCGCUUCGCAAGUUCGCGUUUCACCGUGACAUAUCGGCCCACAAUUUCCUCAUUGAUGAUGUGCAAGACAACACAGCCAAGUUCGCGGUGCUUGACUUCGGACUGGCAGUUCGCGCCGACAAGUGGCGCAGGGAGUGGGGCGCACGGAACAUUGCCGGCGACCCACGGUACUUUGCUCCGUCAGCUUGGAUGCAGCUGACGUGCGGCCACAAGUAUGUGGCGUGUCAUCCGAGUAGUUGCUGGGUGAAACAAUAUGCCCAUCGACUCGAUCACUACUCGUUUGGCAUGCUGAUGCUGGAGAUGCUCUUCGCACUGUGGAAGGGCCCGGAGGCUGAUGAGGAGGACUGGGCCAGCAGCGAUGAGCUGUCAGAUCAAGUGGUUGCCUGGAGGUCCUCCUUUCUGGCAACCCGCUCGGCUUGGCGCUCAUACUGGAAGACCUGUGUCCGGCUUUUCCAGACCUUCCACACUGGAGGAGCGCACGCUCUCCGUGAUGAGUUUCUGGCAAAGAACCAGAUCACCAAACAGCUGGCAAUCGACGACCACUGUGAAAACCUGGUCGCGACGGUGAAGGAGAUCUCCGCACCUUGCACCGAUGUUCCCGAAGGUGAACUCUACAAGAAGGUGUCUUUCGUGCUCCAGACGGCUGCCGACUUGAUCUGCCCGACCAGUAAAACCCGCUGGCAGGAGAUCUACUGGCGCCUCCUGCAUUUGACCGGGGAUGCCUCCAAUCUGCAUAACCGUCGCAAGCAGAAGAUCAGCACCGAGCCAACCUCCUCCUUCGUGGCUGUGGCUCAGAUCGCUGCCGAGGUUGAGGACAGCGAUGGUGAGGAGGCUCAGCCAGCGGUGCAGUCGAUGUCUUCGGACUCUUCAUUUGGUUCUGACGACCUCUUCGUCACCAAGGUUGGUUCCAACUACAGCGACGAGGCGGACAAGGUAUCCAGGCUGCCAGUCCUUCGAAAUGCCCUGAAGUCUGGACACCGCAGGAUCUGGACCGAGACGGGGCUCCGCGUCCCAGAUAAAGACAUGCUCAAGGCUGCAGAGUGA